AUCUGAAGAGUUGAUUUUAUAUGCGGUUGUUUUAUUCAUGUUCAUUAAUUUAAGUUUUUACUACGCAAGAAUAUACCUAAUUAUAGUGAAAACAAAAUGAUCAUAGAAAAGGUCAGAACAAUUGUAACUUGUAAAAUUUAUAUACCGUAAUUUGUGUAAGAAAAUUUUGGUAGUGCAUUAUGUUGUAUUAUAAAUAGUAGACAAAAAUAAUUAACAAAUUUAAUAAAGCGAUAAUUAAAGUGAUAUAUGAGGUAUUAAAGUGACAGAGACCCUAAAAUUUAUAACUUAGUUGACUUAUCAAAAAUAAAUAUAAAUACCUACUAACUAAGAAAAUGAUGGAUGAACAGUUAAUUGAUGAAGUGGCUCAGCAUGGUGUUAUUUUCAAUCGUCAAAAAUAUUACCUUAAUGGCAGUAAUGGACCUGGCGCAGUUGGAGGAAAAUAUGAAACUAAAGAUGAGGCUUGGCAAACAAUUGCAAUAAAAUUGAGGACAGAUGUUGAAACAUGUAAGAAACGAUGGAAGUAUUUACGAGAACGAUAUGUGUCACAACGAAAACAAGGAGAUCCUCCGGUAUAUGAACACCUUUCUCGUCCCUACCUCGAAAAAAUGAAAUUUCUCGACCAGCAUAUACAGCCUCGAAAAUCAUACAGAAAUGUGCCAAAUUUUCUUACAUCACCACACUCGGUAAACAGUUCCAAUUAUAGUGAGUUCAAUAUGGAUUCUAAAUCAAAUGGAUCUAUGAAAAAUAUAGCUCACUUCGGAAACUCUGCAGUCUCUCAACAUCAUUACCACCAAUCAGAUCCGCAACAUACUAUGAAUGUGUUAGGUUCAACAGCUGUAGCUUCUUCAGUUCCAGAAAAUGGAAAUGGACAUGUGAAAAUAGAAGCGGAUCAAAUGUUUCGAGAUUUUGCUGCAGCAGUGGCUUCACAGCAGUUACAACAAAUCUCACAAUCACAGCUUCAUCAUCAUCAAGCAGCUGCUGUAGCUGCCGCUAUGGCCGACUCCUCUCAAAAUUAUAAUGAGCACUAUCGUGAUGGGAAUCAUUUGAAUGGAAAUGGGGUAACGCAUAAUGGUAAUAGCAACGGUAUGGGUAUAUCGUCGUCAUCUUCAUCAAUGAAAUCACCAUUAUCUUCUCCUUUAGAUGGAGUAAACGGCAAUCACAGUGGAGGGAACUCCUCCACAAAUGGCGCACAGCAAGCAACAGCACAGUCUUCAUCCUCCAAUCAAAUAUCUUCACACACAUUUAAUGCUUCCAAUAAUGAUGAGUUGGACUCAUCAACUGGUAGCAGCUAUCAUACUAAAAAGCCGCGUGUACAUCUAAAUUCCAAUGUUACCAAUAUGACUCAUAACAAUAAUCAUUCGCAGCAACAACAACACCCAGGCGCACAUAAUACAUCUAAUUCAACAAACGCACAAUACGUUGACGAUACGGACGACGAUUCAGAUGACAAUAGUAGUAGUCUUUUGCAACCUCAAGCUAUACUGAAUGAUAACCAGAAUAAUAACUAUGAUAGUGCAGCUUCAACUUCUUCUGCAGCGGCAAUGCAACGCAAUCCCAGUUCGUCAAAUAAUAGCCAACAACAGGGCAUGUUUCCGGCGAACGCUGACUUCCUUUUUCAGCUUUAUCAGCAAUUGCCACAUCAACAGCAAACAGUUACUUCGGGUCAACAGCACCAGCAUAUUAAUAAGUUCCAAACACCACAAAAUCCUGCACCGGCGCGCAGUUCAGAGCAUCUACUUGGGGAAUUAGUGACAACAGAGUUAUUAAAAAUGACAAAAGAACGCCGUAAAAAUGUUCAGAAACGGAUACUUGAAAUCCUAUUCUUUGAUGAUUGAAAUAUAAUAUACUUGUGUAUAUGCUCGUUAACACCAUACUAUAUUUCGCCAACUCCAAAUUGGAGACGCAAAUAUAUGUAUUCAUUCCAUGUACGAAAUUUAAUUUAGUGAUUAUAUCAGUACGUAUAUAUACAAUAUAUAUUUGCUAUAAUUUUAAGUAAUUGUAUUUGGCUUGUGUUUGUAGGGCCCACCUUAAAUAUGUUUCCGUGUUAGUUCUAUUUUUUACAAAAUCAGUUUUCUAUUCUAGUCAUUUUGCAAAGUUUUGUUUAGAACAAUUAUCGCUUACUUACUUUUAUCUUAAAACUAUAACAAUAUGAAAAAAUUUCUACGAGACGUUUAAUUUCUUAUGUUUAUGUACAUAUUCUAAUAUAUCUCUUGGUAAAACUACAUUUUACCGUUUCCUACAAUUGUAUGUUAAAAUUAAAUAUAAGUUGCAUGAAUAUAUAUUAGAGUAUAAAGAUCUAUCAAUAUCGCUUCUGGAUAUUACCCAAAAAAUUAAUAAUAAACAAUUAUUCCUAACCCAAAUUGCCGAAAACAACACAAUGGCAUUAUGAUUUCGAAUAUUAAAAUAUGUUAUACCAAACUAUAUGUGAGAUAUAAACUUUUGCGUGUGUUAACACCUUAAUUGUAAAUAAUGACUUUCAUCGGCGCUGUUUGUUUUCAACGGCGCAGCCGUAAAAAUGAUCAGCUGAUUUCGUUUUAUGCGCCGGUUAACUAGGUUCCUCUGUGGUGAAAGUGUCAGUUGUAUUUUACAAGUGAUAACUGAAUAGUAUAAAUAAUUUAUGGACAUUUUUUCCACGUAAUAUUUUCCUAAAUUACUAGAUAAAGAUAGAUCAUCAUUGAAUUUGAAUAAAAAUGAUGUCAAGGACAUUUAGGUUCCUACCAUUGCGGCUUAAUGUUAGUGCAAUUUUUAAAUCAAAUGCAAACAAAGUUACAAGCAGCGCGAGAAAACUUUCCCAUCAUCACUGGUCAGCAAAGGAUUAUGCUGAGAAAAAGUCUAUGCAGCC